AUGUUGCAGGAUGUAGUGCCUCGUAUCGCUUCAUCUCUUGGCACCAUCGUGAUAAGCACUAUCGACGGCCAAUUGAGGGCAUUAAAUACGGGAACAGGAGAUACUAGGUGGACUAUUCAGGGAGAUCCUGUUCUUCGAGCCCCUAGAACAGUGAAGCAAGGGUUUACAUUUCUUCCGAAUCCUCAGGACGGAUCGCUUUAUACGCUCAAAGAGGGCAUCCUCAAAAGACUACCUUUAAAUAUUCCGGCUUUGGUCCAUGCUUCUCCGCUAAAGAGCACCGAUGGAGUUUUGUACGCUGGUAGUAAGAAGGACAUAUGGCUGGAGAUUGAUCCUCUCACUGGCUCCAAGGUUGAAACUUUGUCGGCAUCCAGUGAUAAAGUUUGCCCAGUGAAGCAUCACAAUGGCGUGUUCGUUGGGCGUACUGAAUACCGGAUUACUAUGUUUGACACUAAAAACCGUGGUAAGACGUGGAACACGACAUUUUCUGACUAUUCUGCUCAUCUCUUACCAGGUGAAAUCAUUUGGGAGCGGGAUUUUGGUCAACCAGUAGUGGCAAUGUAUUUACUACAAGACGAUGGACUUCAUAAGUUACAUUUCACGUCGAUGGGAGGAGAAACAAUGGAGAAUAUGAUAAAGAUCCGCUUUCAUGGUUCUGUUGAUGAUCGGGCAGGUGUGUUCUGCUCUGACACUUGA